AUGGCUACGGUUCUUUCCCCCAUCAAUACUGACUCAAUGGGUGCUCUUCAGCAGUUUCCCGCAUACGACGAACAGUUCUUUCUUUCCACAGAAGAAAACAUGGCUACUAUCAGUAGUUCAACACCUCGUUCUCCCCAUAAGUUGGUGGAGCAGAUCAUCCGAACUCCUGGUCGACAACCUUCACCACAACCAACACAUUUCAAUAUCCCACACAGAAAUGGCAAUGGAAAUGGACACCGCGUCUUGCGUUCCGCCACUGUUGGAUAUGUUGCUCCAGAAUUCGCGGGUAGGACAGAACAGAUGGUUAAAGUGAGAGAGCAGAUCAGGGCAAUGAAAUGGAUACCGGCUGAACUCAUUGACGCACAAUUGGAAUGGUUCUAUAAUGAGCUUGGGAUCGACGAUGUCUACUUUCAGACCGAGAGCGUUGAAGCCGUCGUCAGCAAUAUAACCUCGCUUUAUGCUGCAAAGGUUGCUGCAUUUGCUCGCGAAGACAAACGUCAAGAGAUCAGAUUGGACAUGGAGUCUUCAGAUCAUGCCAUAUACAUUGAUACUAGCGAGCCCGGUGUGAGUGCAAUUGGUGGCCCACGAUACGAGCACAGAUUAGAGGCCAAGUAUUUGGAUACAUCCUCGAAUCAACUCUUCCGGGUUGAGAGCUUCCGUUCCACAAGCAACUUGUACAGUGGCUCCGCCCCAACAAAGUCAUCGAUACGCUGUUACUUCGUCUAUCAGUGCCAAUUCGUUGACUCUAACCCAUCACCCAGCGAAACUCGCCUAGAAGUCAUCAGUGACAGAAUGUUUCUAGCAAAAUCUACCAACAACACGAAGCAGAUCUAUCAAGAGAUCAUUGAGCUUGCUGUCUCUCGUACCGGGCCAGUCAUCGAGGUCUUUGAUAUUGAGGACUCGAUUGAGAAGAGGUUGGUCGUAGCUUUCAGACGCAGAACAGCCCUCGGUUUGUUCAGUGCUCUGAGUGACCUGUAUCACUCAUACGGAGUAACAAGCUCAAGAAAAUAUGUUGAGCAGUUCAGCAACGGUAUCACUGUCAUGAGUCUUUAUCUCAAGCCUGCAAGCGACUUGACAACAAAAUUCCCUACCCUUGAACAGUCUAUCCAUCAAAUCACCAAGGAGAUUUCCCUACUUUACUGCAUACCACAGAACAAAUUUCAGGCAUUGUUUGCUAGUGGACGCUUAAGUCUUCAGGAAACAAUCUAUGGUCAUUGUGUUUGGGUCUUCGUUCAGCACUUUCUCAAUCGCUUGGGCUCUGAGUACUCUUCAUUAGUAUCUGCAUUGGAUCCAAACAACAGCUCCCAUGCCGAGAUUCUAUCUACCAUUAAGCGCAGACUGCGCACCGAGACUUUCACUGCGGAUUACAUUCUCGAGAUCAUCAGCAAUCAUCCGGAGCUUGUCCGUUCACUAUACGCUUCGUUCGCAAACACACAUCUUACCCUCGGCCCUGGAUACAGUGAGGACUCCAUUCCACCUUCACCAUCUGGGGACGUUCUCAACGAUAAGGAACUCAAAGAGCUGAUCUCGAGGACUGUCAACAAUGAACACGAAGACAUGGUCAUGACUGCGUUCCGUAUCUUCAACAACUCCUUGCUGAAAACCAACUUUUACACUCCUACGAAAGUUGCUUUGAGCUUCCGUCUCGAUCCCUCAUUCCUUCCUGAGAUCGAGUAUCCUCAGCCAUUGUAUGGCAUGUUCUUGGUUAUUACAUCCGAAUCACGUGGGUUCCACCUUAGAUUCAGGGACAUUGCUAGAGGUGGCAUUCGAAUUGUUAAAUCUCGAAAUCGUGAAGCAUACUCCAUCAAUGCUCGUUCAAUGUUUGAUGAGAAUUACGGUCUAGCCAAUACUCAACAACGCAAGAACAAGGAUAUUCCGGAGGGUGGAUCCAAGGGUGUCAUUCUUUUAGAUGCCAAUCAGCAAGACAAAGCCAGUGUAGCUUUCGAGAAGUAUAUUGAUAGUAUCAUGGAUCUUCUCUUACCGCCUUCGUCCCCUGGUAUCAAGAAUCCCAUCGUUGAUCUAUAUGGCAAGGAAGAAAUUCUUUUCAUGGGUCCCGAUGAAAAUACUGCUGAUCUUGUUGACUGGGCUACUGAGCACGCGCGCAAGCGAAAUGCUCCAUGGUGGAAAUCUUUUUUCACCGGAAAGUCACCCAAGUUAGGCGGUAUCCCUCAUGAUAGUUACGGCAUGACAUCAUUGUCGGUCAGAGAAUACGUCAAAGGCAUCUAUCGAAAACUGGAACUGGACCCUAGUAAAGUUCGAAAAAUGCAGACGGGUGGCCCAGAUGGUGACCUGGGAAGCAAUGAAAUCUUGUUGAGCAACGAAACUUACACGUCGAUUGUCGACGGCAGUGGUGUUUUGGUUGAUCCACAGGGUCUCGACAUUGAUGAGCUCAAACGCUUAGCUACGAAGCGUGCUAUGAUCUCGGAGUACGAUCUCUCGAAAUUGUCAAACGAGGGCUAUCGUGUUCUUGUCGACGAAACAAACGUCACCCUACCCAAUGGGGAUAAAAUCAGUAAUGGUACAACUUUCCGGAACACAUUCCAUCUCCGUGACACUGGCAUCACUGAUGCCUUCGUUCCCUGCGGUGGUCGUCCAGCGGCCGUCGACCUUUCCAGUGUCAACAAGCUUAUCAAAGAUGGAAAAUCGACCAUCCCAUACAUCGUCGAAGGUGCCAAUCUUUUCAUUACCCAGGAUGCAAAGCUACGAUUGGAAGAGGCAGGAUGUAUCCUAUUCAAGGAUGCUUCUGCGAACAAGGGUGGUGUGACAUCAUCAUCUCUGGAAGUCCUUGCAUCCUUGAGUUUUGAUGACGAGAGUUUUGUAGAAAACAUGUGUGUGGGAAGCAACGGCCAGGCUCCGGAAUUCUACAAACAAUAUGUUAAAGAAGUUCAGGAGACUAUAAAGAUGAACGCCGAGCUUGAAUUCGAAGCCAUCUGGCGAGAACAUGAACAGACCGGAAUCCCUCGAAGCACCUUGAGUGACACAAUCAGUGUUGCUAUUACUAAACUUGACGAGGAGCUUCAAACAUCUGAUCUGUGGAGAGAUGCGAAAUUGAGGAAAUCAGUGUUGCUUGAUGCCCUGCCGCAGUUGCUAUUGUCUAAGAUCGGCCUCGACACGAUAAUGGAGAGAGUGCCUGACAACUACCUCCGUGCCAUCUUCGGUAGUUAUCUUGCCAGUCGGUUCGUCUACGAAGUCGGCAGCUCACCUGGUCAAUUUGCUUUCUUUGACUUCAUGUCCAAGAGAUUGGCCAAUGUCCGACCCAGGUCUCCCUCUUUGUAAGGAUCGCAAAAUCAGUCUGGUUGUUAUUGGAGUUUUGUUGUGGGAAGGAGUUAUUAAGGGACUGUGGGGUGGGGACUCUGGUUAAUGCAUAGAACAGGCCUAAACAGGCAUACAUUGACAGGAUGCAGAAGCUAGCAUCGCACUCUUUGAUUUAAGUUUUUUUUUUUGGCAUUACAGGAGUUUGAGUGGUAAUGACUGAAUGGAAAUUUGGGAAGGGUAGUACAAUCAGAAAUGACUUUCAUUUUUCCGUUUGUUGAUGGCUGCAGGUGCAGUCAUGCCUAUCAGUGGGCAAACAACUAUAAAGUAGAAGUAAAAGGAAAAGCAUCUUUCUGUCUCUUUUAGACCCUUGUGUAUAGAGUUGGAUAUGUAUAAUCAAUGAUAUUUAUAUUACUCUCCUUGAUUUUUCCUUUGUUCGUUGUUAGAAUAGAUCAUGGAAUACUUACUCAGAUGUAUAUUACUGGGUACUUUU